AUGAGCGCCGCUCAACGGGCUAACCGCGUCGUUACCUUUUCCGCCGCUGGCCCACAGCCUAUAGACGGCAUUGUUCCUGAUAUUUGGGCAAAUGACAUCACUGCUUCAACUGAAUGUCUGACGUUUUUAGCACACACGCCCAAGGGAGAACAACGUAUCCAGGUUGGGAUAGGUGGAGACUUCAAUAUUGAAAAUGCUCUUGCCGCUCUUGCAGCGGCUGAACUCUGCGGUGCUUCUCUUAAAGAAAUCGGUAGUGGUCUUGCAAACACCACCGUUCCUGGGCGCAUGAAAAUAGUCGAAAGCGCUGAUAAACGCAUCACUGCCAUCGUAGACUACGCACACAACGAACUCUCCUUUACGAAACUCUUUGCGUUCUUAAAGAAGCAAUUCCCUGAACAUGUAUGGGUAAGCGUCUUUGGUGUGCCGGGCGAUAAAGCGGAGAAACGUCGGCAGCAACUUCCCGGUAUCGCAGCAGAAUACUGCGAUCACAUUAUCUUCACCGAAGAUGACCCAGGACAUGAACGCGUCGAAGACAUCUGUGCUGAUCUCGCCCGCCACCUGCCCAGCGGCACCAGCUAUGAAAUCGUACCGGACCGCGCUGCUGCCAUACAGCACGCUAUCUCAUGGAUCGACGCCCAUGCUGGGGACGACUGCAGGGCUAUUCUUGCCGUUCUUGGCAAAGGUCAGGAGGCGACGCAACACCGCGGCUCAGAAUUUAUUACCACCACGCCUGACCAGCAAGUGAUAGAUCAUGUCCUUGCGACACGCCAAGCACACCGCGCAACUUUGUGA